GAUACUAAAAGGACUGUUUUAGAUUCUGCUGAAGUGAUCUGCAGGUUAUGGGAGGCUGAGCUAUCUGCUUCGUGCUACCAUUGAACGGUUUUGAGGAACUGGAGAGACACUGGAAAGUGUGUCGGUGGUCUGUAGUAAUGUUAAGCUGAAAAUGAAUGGACAUGUAGAAAAUAGUUUUGAUGAAACCAACGACACCAGUGACAUUGAUGAACACAGUAAUUAUGUAGAGUAUACUGAUGAAGUUGUGUUAGAUCCAUUUUGUAAUCCAGAGCAGCCAGUUCUUGUUAACUUCAAUGAUGUCAGUGCUGCUUCCUUUAAAAUUAAAGGAGGAAUUGAAAAAACACCUUGCAAUUUUUCUCAAAUGUCCAAACAAUAUGGAAUGAAUAUAUAUUUCAAAAAAGACUUUCUUCAAUACACUGGAAGCUUUAAAGAAAGAGGAGCUAGAUAUACUCUAUUACAGUUAAAUGAGGAGCAAGCCAAAAAAGGUGUAGUUGCAGCCAGUGCAGGGAAUCAUGCUCUGGCCUUGACCUAUCAUGGACAUCUAUUAAACAUCCCAGUCACAGUGGUUAUGCCUAUAGUAGCUCCAAUGAUGAAGGUGGAAGCGUGUCGACAAUAUGGCGCCAAUGUUGUUGUAUUUGGAAGAGACUUUGGUGAAACUAAGCAGUAUGCUAUGCUACUCAGUAAAAAGAAAGGUCUGCAUUAUAUCAAUGGCUAUGACCACCCACACAUUGUUGCUGGUCAAGGUACUAUGGGUCUAGAGAUCAUAGACCAAGUCCCACAGGUAGAUGCUUGUAUAGUACCAGUUGGAGGGGGAGGACUCAUAGCUGGAGUAGCUGUAGCCCUCAAGACCCUUAAGCCUAGUAUAAAGAUUAUUGGUGUUGAGUCUGAAAGAUCAACUGGCUUUCAAGCAGCAAUGGCAGCUGGCAAACCAGUCUACAGUCAUGUUGGUCAAACACUAGCAGAUGGUUUGGCAGUACCAGUUGUUGGUGUCAAUUCCUUAGCCACAGCAAAAAAGUUGAUUGAUAAAGUUGUCACAGUGAAAGAGUCCAGUAUAGCAUUGGCAAUUCUAAGACUGAUAGAACAAGAGAAGGCUGUGGUAGAGGGGGCUGGUGCUGCUGGUCUGGCUGCUAUUAUACAGGGUUGUCUCCCUGAACUUAAAGGCAAAAAUGUUGUUGUUUGCUUGUGCGGUGGAAACAUUGAUACAACUGCUUUAGGACGUGUCAUUGAGCGAGGACUUGCAGCUGAAGGUCGUCUGAUUAGGUUCGGUGUUACAGUAUCUGACAGGCCUGGAGGGAUCGCAGAGUUGACCAAGAAAAUAGCAGAUAUGGGUGUCAGUAUUAAAGACAUUCUUCAUGAAAGAGCUUGGCUUCAGACUGACGUGUUCUCUGUUAUGGUUCGGUGUGUUGUUGAGACAAGAGAUUUAGAUCACGCCAAAGAGCUGGAGAGAGUCAUGAGAAGUAACUAUGAUCACGUGGAGUUUUGGUUGGACCAGUAGACAACUCAUUUGCAGACCAUGUUGAUAACUAUGCAAGUUCAAGAUUGCCUCCCAUUGUCUUCCUCUUGUUGUUACUUCAACAACUCUGCAACACUGAUUGCCUCCCAUUGUUUUCCUUUAUUGACUUGAAUAUUUGAUAAUAUAUUCUCCUAAAUGUUUAGUCCCAAAUACUAUUAUUUUAAAGUGCCAUCUCUUUUGUUUCCUGUAUAGAAUGUUUAUUGACAUUAGUGUGACUGCAAAGUAUUUGAAUGUAAAUGAUAUCAGAAGUCACCCAGUUUGUUAUCUGUACAUUGUGUCUUGGACUUAACACAGUCCAGUAGUUAUUUACUAUAAUAAUUCUUUAGUUUAUACAUUAAAAUGGUUUGUUGAAUAUAUUAGAAUGCUCUAGUCAAUAAUUAUAAGGGUCUAGAUAAUUUUGUAAACUAAUUAUAAUUGUAUUGAUAUUAUAUUUUAUGAUCUAGUCAAUGUACUCAAUGAAUCUACCUAAGUAUACUAUGUUGGUGUAGUUCAUAUGUUCUCUUUAUUUGGCUGGUACUCAAUGGUCUUGUUAAUUUAUUCUAAUGACCUAGUCAAUGAACUUUAUGUUUCAGUAUGUUUUUGAUAUUAAAUAUUAAUAAUUCAGUGAAUACCUUCUAAUCGUCUAGUUAAUUAAAUUUAUAUUAUAAAAUUCUUAUGUUUUACUGCAAUUAAUUUAUUUAGUAAAAAAAAAUGUUCAUGUGCUUUCCAAAUCUAGUCAAUGAUUGAUCAACCUGAGGGGCAUGACACUUGGACAAUAUUGAGACUCCCAUGUCUUGUAGUUAUAAAGUUGUCACACUUGUUUUCAUCUUAUUUCUUCAGAAUGGACGUCAGUCUAGAUACAAUGUAGAUGUUGUAGUGAUCAACUAGUGUCAGUAACAUUACAGCUAUGAACAUAGAUCAUGUGAGCAAAAUGAUUGAUACAAAAAUAGACGAGUUAAGCCCUUAAUAUAUACAACCAAGAGAUAUUCUUAGCACAAAACUUAAUACAAUAGUCUAAGUGCAAUAACUAGUUCUAUGACUAAGAAUUAGAUCAUAAAUACUUAGUCUUGGCAGACACAAGCAUUACGUCUGGUUGAUAGCUAUCACAGACAAAUGGAUGGUUGCCUGGUCGUGUGGUUUGCACUCUGGACUGUCGUUUGGAUUUAUUGAUGGUCCCGGGUUCAAACCCUGCCCACACUCAUCCCCCAUUGCCUGCGGGAGGUUUGGACUAGGAAGUAAACUAUCUUCAACUCUGAAGGAACAUCCGAAACAUGUAAAACAUAUUACAAAAAUAUUUGGUAGAAAUUAAACAAAGAUUUCAUUAUUGCAUUUCCACACAAACAAUGUAUGCCUAUGUCAAUAUGAUUCUUCACAUUAUAAGAUCAAGUUUGUUUGCAAUUGAAUGUUAUUGAGUUUAAAAUACGUUUAUAUAUAUAUUUUUGUGUGUGUAUAAUUUCCAAUUGACAUAGGGACACGUUUUUUAAAAUGGAUUUUUUAUUGGUACCGGUAAUAAAUCUCUUAGUGACAUUGUUUUUGUUGUCACUAGAAAUGUUAACUUACAACAAAUUCCAUUUACCAAAGAUUGUACCUUCAUUUAUCCAGCUCAAGUUUUCUUCAGUUUAUUUCUUAUCUUGUACAUUGUUUUGAUCAUGUUUGGUCACAUAUAAUGUAACCCAUAUUUACCUUUCCACUUUCUUAGUUUGUCAUUAAAGGCAAAAAAGUUGGGGAAAAAGAAGCUAGUGAUGUCAUUUUAUGUUUUGAGAUGUUGAAAGUUGUGUUAUGUAUUAUGUUUUAUGUCUUUUAAGUCCUGAAAUGUUUAUUUGUUAGCUUGUAAAUGUAUCAAUACAGGAUGGUCGCUAGAAAAGUGGAAAAUUGAUCAAACAGUUAUUUAUUUUUACAAAGAAUAACUUGUACUAAGUUUUUUUUAAAGGCAUGUGUUAUACUACAUUUAUAGAUGCUCAAAAUGUUGUCCUGAGCACUUCAGAGCUGUGUCUUAACCUAGAAAUCUAAGCUCAUGUAGCAUUUUGAAAGGUAACUUGUGAGAUAUUGUUCUCACAUCAUCAAUAGAGUUUAUGUCACAUCACUAAUUCUGAAGUUCUGUUAAUGACAAGCUCCAAAUACAGUCCUCCGUGACAUUGAAGUCUGGACUUUUGGAACUUGUUCAUCAUGAUCUCAGCUGACCCUCAAAUGUUUCUGUUUUUUGUAGUGACCACCCGAGCUUUGAUCUCUUAAGAAAGUAUCAGUCAGCCUUGCAGUGUUUAACAUUAUCUAAUUAACUUAAACUAUUUUACAAUUAGCUCAAAUGUUAUUAUUACCAAUAAUAUUGUUUCAAUAAACGUAUCAAAGUGCCAUAUUAUAAAUGAUUAUGAUUUUCAAUGAAUAAACUAGAUCUGUCUGAUUCUAUUUUACACACAUAUUUCUUUGAACAAUGUCAUUGAAGAUUUGUUUUUAUUUUGUGAUUAUUUUUGGGCCCUGUGAAAAACUGUUCAUUUAUAAAUAAACAUCAGUGAAACUUU